GACCGGAAUGAGCCGUCGCCCGGUUCAGAUGUCGCCAUGAAGAACAAAUCUGCCCAUAACAGCACAGCCGGGCACAACUGCAUCGGUAACAUCGCCCCGAAGAGUUGCGUGGAGUCAAACCCCGAUGCCAAUCUGAAACCCAAUCACGUCGCCAUGGAGGAGGCGGAUGAGGCGGAGGAAGAGUCCAAGUUUCAUCAUCCUCGGCUGAGGAGAGCCGGCGGAGGAGGAGGGGGAGGGAACAGCAUCCGGAUUAAAAACUGCACGCCAGGAGGAGGAGCCGCGACAAGGAGCUCCGCGCACCUUGAGUCCAGUGCCACAGAUGCGCGCCCGGGUGAUGCUGAUGCUGCGGGUCGCCACGACACCGUUAAAGGUAAAGCGUCAACCAUAGUGGCCAGCGUGACCGUGGAGCCUUGUAAUGUUGCAGGUGAAUCCGAAAGCAGCACCCCAGCGCCGGUUUCCAGCAUGAAAUGCAACAAAAACGGAGAAUGCAGGCGGGACUCCGGUACGGGGAGCCUGCGGUCCAUCAUGUCCAAGACGGAAGGGAAUAAACGGGCAGCCUGCAAUUCAACGACCAGCAUGGACGGAACCACCACUCCCAUCGGCUCCCUGACUCAGGACGCCGGCACGACGCCCGUUUCCAGCGGAGUCCCGGAGAAGAAGGACUCGAAAGUGUCCUUUUCCAACGCCCCGAGUCGGAAAGCCUCUUCCUCCAUCCACGGCAACCAGCAGCCCCGGAACUCGGUGACGUUUCUCAAAUCCGAGGAUGGUCCUCAGAUCAUGGCCGAGGAUAGCGAGACCAGGGACAGCCAGGCGAGCUUCAUGCAGCGGCAGUUCAGCAGCAUGCUGCAGCCCGGGGUGAAUAAAUUCUCUUUACGCAUGUACGGGAGUCAGAAAGAGGUGGAGAAAGAGCAGGAGCGGGUGAAAUCUGCGGGCAACUGGAUCAUUCACCCCUACAGUGACUUCAGAUUCUACUGGGACUUUUCUAUGCUCCUCUUUAUGGUGGGCAACCUGAUCAUUAUCCCCGUCGGCAUCACCUUCUUCAAGGAAGAGACCACCACGCCCUGGAUCAUCUUCAAUGUGGUGUCCGACACCUUUUUCCUCAUGGACCUGGUGCUGAACUUCCGCACAGGCAUCAUUAUAGAGGACAAUUCGGACAUCAUCCUGGAUCCCAAGAGCAUCAAGAAGACGUACCUGAGGACCUGGUUCGUGGUGGACUUCGUCUCGUCCAUUCCAGUGGAUUAUAUCUUUCUGAUUGUGGAGAGAGGCAUGGACUCAGAGAUGUAUAAGACAGCUCGGGCCCUGAGGAUUGUGCGUUUCACUAAGAUCCUGAGUUUGCUGAGGCUGCUGCGUCUGUCUCGUCUGAUUCGCUACAUUCAUCAGUGGGAGGAGAUCUUCCAUAUGACCUAUGACCUGGCGAGUGCAGUGAUCCGGAUUUUUAACCUGAUAGCCAUGAUGUUGUUGCUGUGUCACUGGGAUGGCUGUCUUCAGUUUCUCGUGCCCAUGUUACAGGACUUUCCCUCCGACUGCUGGGUUUCCCUCAACAAGAUGGUGAACGACACAUGGACUGAGUUGUAUUCGUUCGCCGUUUUCAAAGCCAUGAGUCACAUGUUGUGUAUAGGUUACGGUCGACAGGCUCCGGAGAGCCUCUCUGAUAUCUGGUUGACGAUGCUCAGUAUGAUUGUCGGGGCAACCUGCUACGCCGUCUUCAUCGGACAUGCUACGGCCCUCAUCCAAUCCCUGGACUCAUCGCGACGUCAAUAUCAGGAGAAGUACAAACAAGUGGAACAAUAUAUGUCCUUCCACAAACUUCCAGCAGAUUUCCGACAGAAAAUCCACGAUUAUUAUGAGCACCGCUACCAGGGCAAGAUGUUUGAUGAGGAAAGUAUCCUUGAGGAACUAAAUGAGCCGCUCAGAGAGGAAAUAGUGAAUUUUAACUGCCGGAAGCUGGUGGCCUCUAUGCCUCUAUUUGCCAAUGCUGAACCCAACUUUGUGACAGCCAUGCUAACAAAACUGCGCUUUGAGGUCUUCCAACCGGCCGACUACAUCAUCCGCGAGGGAACCAUCGGCAAGAAGAUGUACUUCAUCCAACACGGUGUCGUCAAUGUUAUUACCAAAGGAUCUUCUGGCAUGAAACUUUCAGAUGGCUCCUAUUUUGGAGAGAUAUGUCUGCUGACCAGAGGUCGUCGUACGGCGAGCGUUCGAGCAGAGACCUACUGUCGCCUGUACUCUCUCUCCGUGGACAACUUUAAUGAGGUGUUGGAGGAAUACCCCAUGAUGAGGAGGGCAUUUGAGACCGUGGCCAUUGAUCGGCUGGAUCGCUUAGGAAAGAAAAAUUCUACCCUGAUAAACAAAGUCCAGCACGACUUAAACUCUGGAAUCUUCAACAACCACGAGAACGAGAUGAUCCAAGAGAUCGUGAAGUAUGACCGCGAGAUGGUGAAACGGAUAGAUCUUCAGCGACCACGUGCCAUGUCCAUGACGCCCUCAAUCCCCGGCGGGAUCUUCGCCCACCCCGGCCAAUCACAGGGCAGCUCUGCCAUUGCGACACUCCAGCAGGCAGUUGCAAUGAGCUUCUGUCCACAGUUUGGUGGCCCUAUGGUAGGGCCGAGCACCAUGCAGUCACCUAGGAUGGUACGACGGUUCCAGGUGGUGAAAAACCUCUCCAGCCCAGUCGGCGUAUCUCCUCAGCAGUCGCAGCCAUCGAGUUCGGUACCACUCGGGGCAUUCACCGCCUUAGCAAUGGCCAGUACGCCGAUGCAAAGCCCGCUAAUGGCGCCAGGUGGCCGUACAUUUCAGUACGGUAGCGGCCCGAUGGUUGGCCGGUCCGGCUCUCAGCUGUCACUCAUCCAACAGCACGUCCCCAGUCCCACACGUCCAACCCUGCUCAAGGGUGCCAACCCUUUGCACCAAACGGGCAUGUUGACCCAGGACGCCAGAGCUAUGUCUGCAUCCCAACCUUCUCUGCCCCAAGAUGGAGCGCCACCGAUCGGACCCAGCCCUCCGCCUUCAAACAAGGCUUCCUCGACAUCGAUCGGCCCACCCCAAGCACCUCACCCCGCCAUCCCUGGGACCUCAGGGGUCAUAAGGGCCGUGCCUCAGAGAAUAGUCCCGUCACAUCAAGCAGCAGCAGUUGGAAAUUACCCUUCGACACCGCCUCCGACGGGCACUUCACCUGGCUUGGUCGGACCAGCACCUUUGGACUCUGCUAUACGCAAGAAAGAUUCCAUAGUCAGCCUUCCCGAAACGGACUACACAGCUCGAUCAAGGCUAUCGUCCAACCUCUGACAAGAACUUUGACUCUUCUAAAUACUUUGGGAGUCACGGUUUAUUCUUAUUGCCCGAGUUCUGUACUCGUAUGGGCCGUAUCUAGCGAAGGUAAGGUCGUGGCUUUUCGUAAGAAAAGUUGGAGGACAGUCAGACAGAAUUAUCGCUACUAGAUUUAAAGUCUCUGCUACAAGUAGAUUGGCGAGGUUGGAUGCCUCUUUUCCACUUGAUCGUGUAGUUAGCUCUGACCCCUGUACAGCUUUCGACGCCUCUUAAUAUAAUUGUCUUUAUCGUCCCGAAUGAAGGGGAGAACUUUUUAUCUGUUGCGUGGUGUGUUUCAUAGAGUUCAUGUCAUGCAAUGGGACUUGGCAUGGGUGACAUGAAAGUCAGGAACUUCAGAUGACAAUUAUGAAAUUCACUGCUUCGCAAAAGUGUUUGGACACGCCUUCAUUCUUUGUGCAUAAGCUCUUUAUGUAGCAAUCUAAAUAACUGUCAUUCACACUGUUGUACGAUAUUAUCAAAAAAAGUAUUAAGGACCGCUGGUCGAUCUUAUAUCCACAUGUAAAUAAGGAGGGAAAAAAGGGAAAAAGGCUAUAAUAGCAAAACAACAAUUGUAUGAACUCGAAAACCAAAGUUGAGCUCGAACACAAAUUUUGAAUGUGUCUGUGUCAACUGAGCAAAAGAAGUCCAAUGGAAACGUCCUCUAUUUAACUGCCUUGAUUCUAAGUUUAGAAGCCAUAUACAUGGUUUGUGUGCGUGCGUGUGUGUAUAAGUUUGCGCGCUUGAUCACAUAUGCUUUUUAUACGUUUGAUGUAUAAAUCCGUUUUAGCGAAAUGGAGCGGUGCUCACUCAGUGGAAUAUUUGUAUUUUUAGGUGGUUUUGUCUGGCAAGUCGAGUGAAUUUGUUGACCGAGGCAAAAAAGACUUGAACGCGUUGGGUUUUCAGUGCAAAACCUGUUCAAUUAGCUCGCAGAAAAUGAACAAAACCAAAAGAUUAAUAUUUAUGCGACUCGUGCUGUUUUUGUGAUCCGCACAUGCAAUAUAAUUCUGCAAUAUUCUUGCCCUGCCUUUUUAUAUAAACGUCAAAUCGCAGCGUAAGCAAUGAAAUCAGCGUUUUUUAAAGAAUGUUGAAGUCCUCGUGUGGAUGAGGUCAUGCAGAUCUUGGAAGAUUUUACGAUAUCAUUUUCAAGCGUUUAACCAUUUAUUUAUGUCCGGAUGGAUCUUUUCAGAAUAUUUCGUUGUUUUUUUUUUAACGUAAAACCGUUUUCUGUGUGUAGUUUUUUUUCCAUAUUGUUUGACAUCACAAUAAAAAAUCUAUAAUUGAAAAAUAUAAUAAAUAUAUAUAUAUAAUAUUUACUUCGAAUGAAAUAAUAGAAUAUAAUAUAAUUUAAAAGCAGACCAAUGUUGUAAAAUCUUCUAUAUCUAUCUAUUUAUUCUAUAUUUUACAGUUAAUUAAUUACUUUUUUAUAAUGUUGCGUGCUCUACUGUCGUCGUAAAAAUAGAUCAUAAUUUGCACAAAUGAAUAUCUAAAACAUGCUGCAUUUAAAUGACGUGUAAAUUUAAAGCAGAGUUUGUCAGUGGCUGAAUGGUUGGGUUGUUGAUCCAUGAAUCUGUUUCUUUAUAAGAAUGUAGAUGUCUGUUUCAUUGUCAACUGCUGCAGUUUUUUCUCACUUGAACUUUAAGAUUGUAAAUAUGAUGUUGUAAAUUAUUGUACGUGCGAGGCUGGGCAGAGUCAUGGAUCCGGAAAUGAAUUUUGGUGCAAAAAGGAGUUUUGAAUGUACGUGAAAUGGAAUCUGAAUAUUAAUAACUGCCAUGUAAAUAGAUAAGAAACAAUGCAGAAUGAGUCUGUGUGUUUGUAGUAAUCCCAUCAGAAAAACCUGGAGAUGUCUAGGAUGCUUUUAUUUUUCUAAAUCUCGCUUCGGUGCCAGUGAUUCUUGUGGUCGUACUAUUAGUCUGAACCUGAUGUUUAUACCACAAAGCACACGGUGUCCCGUUAGCACGGUCUAGAGGACAGAAAAAUCAUCACAAAUCACCACAUUCCCAAAGGUGAAGUGCUUUCUGAACGGAUUGUGCGAUUAAAAUGGACAGCUCAUUCAACUAUACAAAACAAAAGCAUUCAUUACAAAAAAUCUUCAUGAAUUUAAAAAAAAAUCCCACAUUGGUGUCAUGGAAUCUAAAAAAUGAAAAUAUUCUAAAACCAUUUUCGCAUGUAAUUUUUUUUCUGUUAAGGUUAUUAUCGGCAAAAUCAACAAAAAAAUUUUUUUGCAUUGCUAUUGAUAUUGAUAUAUAUUUUUGUUAUUUAUUGCUCUAAUAGACAUGGGCGAUAUGCAAAACAGGAUUUUCUUACUCUGAAUUUCUGUCUGGAUGUUUUAAGAAUACUGUAAACUCACUUAUUUACUUAAUAAGCCAUUCAAGAUUCAAGAGUUUGUCGAUUUAUGAAAUCUUAAAAUUGCAUUUUGGCGUAAUUCAAGUACAUUUUUCUUACACCAAUGGCAAAUAUUUUUAAUUGUGAGAAUUUUUUCAUUAGCUUGUUUUAUGCUGUGUCCCAAUUCGCCUACUUAUAUUAUGCCUUAAAUUAUGUACUGUUUUUGUUAUGGAAAAGUAUAUUUAUUUAUGUGUGUAGCAAAACGGAUGGGAAAUGGAAGUGAUCGUUUUUUCCUAGGCGACACUUUGGUCCUUAACUCUCACUUACAUCAAAAUACAGCUCUUCCUUGCAUUUAAGUAUUAAUUCAUUUAUUAUUUUGUAUUUAAUGUUAACUGUAUACCACAGUAUAUUUUUUAAUUUAGCAAAUCAUUAUUUUUAUCAAUCAACUUUAUCAAUGCAGUGUAGUGUCACUAAAGUCCGGCCCCCUUCCGGGUAAUAUCAGCAGUUAAGUGUCCAUUGAUUCAUACUUCGAAUUUUCGGGACAGGAAUUUACAACAGGAAUUGUAAUUUUUUAUUUCACUGGGACUUUAAAAGUGUAAGGAAAAAUACAGAGUAGGAAAAUUAUUUUUGCAUUGUCGACUCAUGUUCGGCUAUGUUUUACGAAUUAGUUGAUUCAUAGACCACACCUCUUAUAAUCCACACAGAAAAUUUGUCUUGUUUUCAUCAUGAAGAACAUCAAGCCAUUGUGGUCUUAUCUGGACCUGAAAUAAUGGCACAAUUUCAACCGGGCCCGAUAGAAUCAUCAAAACCUCCAAACACCCCCGUGCAUCUCCUGUAACAUUAGAAUUUGAUCAUAUUAAUCCAGGAAAGAAAAUGACAGUCUGUCCAUGCCAAAUGGGUCGAUGUUUCUGUAUGUCUCAUUUGCAAUGUAAUCUCUCUCAUUGAGUUUCUUGUUGAGGGCACACUCAGUUCUAUUUCCUGAUGUGUGGUAUAAACCCUUCUGUUCACCUCGCUUAAGGACACAAACUGUCUCUAUUUCUCUCAUGUACCACAUUAGUUUUUUGUCCACUGGUUAUGACAGAAAAUGCACGCAAAUAUCUGGACUGUUUUUCUUUACAUUUGUUUUCUCAUUUGCAUAUGUCAUGGAUUUAGCCUUGAAUAAGCUGCUGUCUGAUUGUUGGAAUGGAGAUGGCUGGCCAUGUGACUAUUUAACGUCCUUUCAAAGCGGACUCAUACAGUACCCGCUCACUGCAGCCCUGAUGCAGGUCAUCUGUCUGGAAAAUCUCACCGUUUUGUUCGACUUUGACGUGAUGGGGACAAGCGCUUGAAGGAAAGAUCAUACAGAUUCCCUCGAGUUUCCCUGCAUCACAUGUAAAUCAGGGUACUCUGUUUCUUUUCUUUUUUAACAAAGCACGAUGUACUGUAAAUACCUAGUGCCUAGUAUAUCUAGUUUCCAAAUAGUCUCCUUUAGUGGUGUGCGUGUUUGUGUGGCUCUACGAAAGACAAAAUGCAACAUGUAUGUGUCCUUUUUUGAAGGAAUAGUUAAGCCUGAAAAGGAGAAAUCUGUCAUUAUUUAGUCUACUCCCCCCUCAUCCCAGAGGAAAAUGUUGAUGGUCCUAGAUGAUUCUCCUAAAGUUGCUUAGGAGAAAUUAAAGCAAGAAUUGUUAAAAUGCAUGAACAGAUGUAAACAAAUCCAGAUUGUGGAUGUAAAAUAAUCUGGAUUUGGGUAAAUUUGAUGAGAAAUGUUUGAGUACACAUCGGGAUCUUCAAUAAUGUUGACUUUUGAUUGCAGACUUGACAAAUCUGAGCUCAGUUUGAAACAUUGCUGACAUCUCUUCUGAAACUCCAAUGACAGAUACAUUAGUCAGAUUUCUGUCUCUUUUUCUCAGGAGAAAAUUUUUAUUUAAUCUCAUUCAAGAGAAAUAAUUGAGAAUUUAAAAAGCUAUCAUCUGUCACUUUUAUGGGAUGUUGUUUCUAACCGUGUCCUGUUUUGUGAGAAAGGAAGAUGGGUAAAUAAUGACAUACAUCUUAUUUUCAGAUGACCUGUUCCUUUAACCUUGCAAUAUGUGUACAGUAGCUGCUAAAAGUGUUAGCGAAACAAUUAACCCAGCAUAACCCUCAUGCGGGGUGAGAUGAAUUGCACAUUUCUGUUUGUUUGGAACCCCGAGUCGCACGUCUGUGUACGAUAAACUGAGCGAGAUUUUUAUUAAAGUCGUUGUUAAGGAUCAACCCAACUUCAGCACAGGUCCAGUGGGAGGAUUUAGUUUUUUUUUGUAGCAGAUUAAAGACAUCACAGCGGAAUGACAAACAGCUGUAGACUUUUUUGCACACCUAAGAAAGACUUCUCAGGUUGUCUUGUUAGCCAUUUAUAGAGCCUUUUUAAAGCAUGACCUAACAAUGUGUAGCUAAUACAAACAACACAUAUCAACCGCUAUUACUGAAUAUAUUGUAUAGUGACUACUAAUGUAGGAUCACUUGAUAAAGUUAUUUGUUAAACACACAUUUUAAAGUCAACAUGAAAUGCGUUUUACUUCUGUAGUCUUUGUUUUUGAGGACAUCGAAUUGAUCAAGAAAUGCGGCCAAUGAAGCUAAAAGCGGAUUGAUGUCAAGUACUGACAAACAACUUUAAGUGUUUUUCAAUCAGUACGCGGAGGUCAACGGUUAAGUUCACCCUCCAGAUCAUCUCCGUAUGUCCCGAUUCAAACCUCAAACCUAAAAUAUUUUCUAUCAUUCAUGUAAAUUCAGUUACAUCAAAAAAACGAUGUUAUGGCUAUUGGGUCACAUUAACCAGUAGCCCACACAGCUUGAAGCCAAUGAAAAAGUCAUUUCGAAAAUAGAGCGAGGAAGUUUAGUGCAUUUUAAACAAAGUUUGUCGCGCAGAAACAAUGAGAAAUCUUGCUUGGAAAAGUAGAUAUAGGUUCAGUUUGGAUUUCAUGUUGACUUUGAAAAAACAAACAUAAAACCUACAACAAUAAAUGAAGGACAUGGAAAGAUCAAAGUGGCCAUUCUAAUAAAUACUUCAGUCUAUAGUUGAGGGGUCAGAAUUGUUCUUGUAUAAACUCUGUCAGCGGGGAGAACAGCAGCAAAGCUUUGUUAAAUUUCAUCUCUGUCAUAUACAGCCAUCCAUCUGUUCUGAGAUACGAUCUUGAAAUUCCUAAAAAACAAACUAAUGUUGGUAGGACAGUUAUAUCUGUCGUACUAUAUUAAUUGUCUCACUUCUCAAAAUGGUCAUACUACCUUCUUCUCAUGCGUCUCAGUGUCGUUUCCCUUCAUCUCACACAAGCUAUCCAAUUAAACCCGAUUCAAUGGAACGUCAGAUUAGGGAUUUGACUCCGCCGCUCUAGACCAAAUGGAUCCGGAUUUGUUUCUAUUUUUGCUGACCCGAAACCAGCCUCUGAUGUGGUGCUACGUCCCUUGGGUGGUGGUUUGGGUUUUCCAAGGUCUUCCAGAAAUGAUAAUGGCAACCAGUUUCUCACCCUCACGUUGGUUCAUACCUGUAUAACAUUUUUUUAAAUGCUAAAGUCAUAUGGGUUUGUAAUAGAGAUGCACCGAUAUAUCGACCAAUAAUCAGUAUGAACUGAUAAAAGCAAAUAUUCACUCCCGUUUUUCGGAGGAUAGCCGAUAUAGCAUGCCAAUCAAAAGAUGACAGGAAAACGCAGUGAAUUUUUGCUCUGUAUAUAUAAAAUGUUAAGGGUCAUCACCAGUUUGAUGUUCAAUAAUAACACUCAUAUAUGAAUUUUAAACAUUCAGAAAUCUGUAUCGAUAUCAGCAAAUAUCACUCAGAAUUAUCUGGCUAUGGAUUUUGGGAUGAGAAAUUUAGUAUCGGUGCUGUAUCGCUCUAGUUUGUAAAAAUUCAAUAAAAUUUAUAUUAUGGUUUUCACAAUGUGCAUUGUUCCGAAGCAGCUUUACAGGAGCAUAUAAGAAAAACAGAAAAACACAGAAAGGUAAAACACAGCAGAGUGCAUGGUGUUUAUAGUCCGAGCAAGAUCAUUCUAAUAAAAAAUAUCUAAUAAAUAAAUGAAUGAAUGCAGUCUCCCGGGGAGCAAGCCAACACUGCCCUGCUGAGGCGAGGAACCCAAACUCCAAUGAUGAAUGAAUGGAGAAAAAAAAACUUGGGAGAAACCAGGCUCAGCCGGUAGGGCCAGAUCUCCUCUGACAUGUCAUAGCUGCACUCAGUGACUCCGACCAAAUGCCACCGAGCAAACCGCCACGAAGAACAGGGAGAGUCCACUAGUCGCGACCCAGGAAGCCCCACCCGCCGAAACCAUACAGGUCCAACCCGGUCCCAUUCCAUAAUCAACACAAGACAACAGGAUCAACUAGGAAAAUAAUAAUGGCAUAAUUUAACUUUAUUCCUCUUCUGUCUGACAAAGACCACAAAACAAACAAGACCCAGACAGCCCCAACAAAGGAAACCCCCAAACCACAACCAACAAGCUUAGAGGAUAACAUUAUUGGAGCAAGUGAAAGAUGACAGAAUUUUAAUGUGUACUGUUCCUUUAAGAAGUGAUAUUUGUCUUUUUUGAAAACCAUAAUAUUUUUCAUUGUUUGCAGUACACUGAAGUACAUCAUUAAAAAUAUGAUAUUCUCAUCACUGUAGUGUCCAAAAGUAUUUUCAUGGCACUUGCUGCUUUGCUGCCGUCCCCCCUACUGAUGGUGAGACUAAAGGUGCUCUCUGCAAGGGCCCUAAGCCUUAAUCACUGUUGGCUGUGUGUGUGUGAUGUUCUCCGGAAUGCACUUACACACACUUCGUUGUGUAGAUAUUAGUCAGCUGUCCCCUCUGAAGGUCACAUGUGGUGCGCUGGGCUAUAACAGUUUGGUCCAGUUGGCAGCAGACUCAUUCGCUGGCACAGUCUUCUUCACUUACCGGGCCAGAAUCGUUUUUGCCCCCUCAACAUUACGCUCUAAUGGUUCCACGUCUCCUUCUUGUAACCUUUGUGUCAUUCUGUAGCUAGUGAUGGGAUCAUUCUGAAGACCACACGCUGUUUCAGUUCUUUUAAAAACUGGAGGAGAAAAAAUAUCAAAAGUCUCCUUAUAGCUCGUGAUCUUGUGUCAGGCCCAAUCCCCAUGCUUGGGUUGGCAGUUUCUAAUGCCGGAUUAAAAAGUCUAUGGUUUAUUGUUUAAAUAUGUUUGUAUUGACAAAAAUGAGCAACAAGAGAAUAACCGCCAUAGAUACUGUAUGAUUACAUAAAUGCCUAAUUUGACAGCUCUAAACACGUUGCUGUGUCCUCCAUUUUGGAAUGGUCCAUCACAUUUCAAUCACUCACAAUAAAAAUCUAUUAAUUUUCCAAAGUACAAUCAAGCCACGGCAAUGGUUGUCAAAGACUUUUUAAACCAAUGUUACUUUUAAAUGUUGUGUUAGUUAAUGCCUUUGUCUUGUAUUGUGUCAGUUUAGCAAUUUUAAUGUUUGUCUACAUAACACCAUGAUCAUAACUACGGAUGUAGACGCACAGUCAACUAGCACUUGAGUGUUCAUGGACCAACUUUGACUGUUCCAAUAUGUUGGACCAUAGAAACAGCUGCUACCGUGGCAUCUGUUUAUAAAUCUCUAUGCGUUUGCCUCUUGCAGCAUGAGGAUAGGAGGAUAGAGUGACUUUUUUAUUGCUUCAAUGGGGUUUUGGGGACUUGUUGGUGAUACAUCAAGCUGGGAGACCUUAAAAAUCCAGCUAGGACCAGCAAACCAGCUUAUGCUGGUUUACAAUAACAAAAGGGCGCACAAAGGUUUAUGAAUAAUAACUUAGGAUGUAAAGACUUUGGCUGUGGACACAACAAGGUAUAUUCGUUGACCAUUUGUUUGGUUCAUGUCGUUUUCAAAAAACAACAAAUGACCCAUAUUAAUCGUUGAGUAUUUUAGGAAAUGUUAACUGGCAGUGAAAUGAAUAAUGUCCCCAAAAUUUCAUUUUGGGUUGAAUUUGUCAAGAAACUUUAUUUAGUACACUAAUGUGUCCAAUGACAGAAAGAGAAUCUGAUUUUCUCUGUACCCGAUAUUUAUCCUCUGAAUUCAACAGUUAAAUGGCUCUGUUAGCUGAUGUCUGUGGCUCUGAAAAGCUACGACUCCUACUAAAUAUUACCCAUGUCUUUUUCAGUGAUCUGAUUCAUCGGUGACAAUGUUGUUAAAGCGUUCCUUACAAAUGAUGACUUGUUGUGCAAUAAAAAGAUAA